AUGAAGGAUAAUAAAGUCUUGGUUUCGAUAUCCGAGAUUCGUCCACACUUGUUUCUUGCUGGAUAUGGGUGUAUUACAGCAUCAGCGUUACGACAACAUGGAAUUACUCAUGUGGUUGACGCAACCAAUCUUAAAUCCAAGCCAUUAGAUGGCAUCACAAAAAUGGAAGUGCCAAUCGAUGAUUCUCCACUGUCAAAAAUCUCGCCAUAUUUUGAAAAAGUCGCCGAAUUUGUAGAAAGUGCCAAAAAUCAAGGUGGGAAAACAGUUAUUUAUUGUGCUGCUGGUGUAAGCCGCAGUGCUUCCCUCGCCAUCAUGUGCUUAAUCAUAUCUGAGAAUAUGCCAUUGGAUCAAGCAUAUUAUACAGUGAACCAGAAACGUCCAAUAAUUUCGCCAAAUAUUGGUUUUUGGCGAGAAAUGAUUGAUUAUGAGAAAAACAAAACGGGAUGCGCCACCGUUGAACUAAUAACUGGACGCAUGGCUCGGCCGAUACCAAGUGUUUACCUCCAUAGAUCAGUAUCAUCCAGCGCCUAA